AUGGGAUUGCUGGCAGCGGGGACUCCGCUGUGCUGGGAUGAGGCGAGGAGGUACUCGGAACAUAUCAGGACAGAGGGCAUAGAACAACUGCUGUACGUGUUCCAGAAGGCCGGCAAGAGAGAUAAUGACCCGCUGUACUGGGGGGACGAACUGGAGUACAUGAUGGUGGAGGUGGAUAACGGGAAUUCAAACGCCAUGGUCGACGUGGUGCACGACUACGUGCUCACGGAAUUGAACACCGACCCAAGCAGUAAGUUGCUGUGUAAGGAGCACAACGUGGAGUUCCACCCGGAGUACGGGAGGUACAUGAUCGAGGCUACUCCCGGUGUGCCCUACCAUGGGCUCGCUGACGAGUCGUACGUCGAAUAUAACAUGGCGCAGAGAAGGAAAAUUGCAGACUACAAACUGUCGAAGUUUAACAGUGCAGAGAAACAUACCCGGUACGUCGUUCUUUCGUUGACGUCGUUCCCGAGACUCGGUACAGACAACUUCAUCAACAUUCCAAACCCGUGGAAUCACAAGAACAGUGCCUCCAGGUCCCUGUUCCUGCCAGAUGAGAUUAUUAACAGACACGUCCGUUUCCCCACUUUGACGGCGAAUAUCAGAACCAGGCGGGGUGAAAAAGUGUGCAUCAAUAUCCCAAUGUACAAGGACGAAAAGACCCCCAAGCACGAUACCUCGAUUUACCCCAGGGAUUGGUUCGUGCCAGAGGAUAUGGAGGCCGCAGAGGUCUCGAAACCAGGGCAUAUCUACAUGGACGCCAUGGGGUUCGGUAUGGGGUCCUCCUGUCUGCAGAUGACGUACCAGGCACCAAAUAUAGAAAAGGCUAGGUUCUUGUACGACUCACUGGUGAACUUCGCUCCAGUCUUGCUCUCGCUGUCGGCAGCGGCACCCGUGUUCAAGGGGUGGCUCGCGGACCAGGACGUCAGGUGGAACGUCAUCUCGGGCGCCGUCGAUUGUAGGACUCCAUGGGAAAGAUCCGAGGAACCAGCGUUGCCCCAGUACAACAUUGCCGGGUGUGGUGGUGUUGCCCCGAGAGACCGCAAACAUUUACAGAGAAUACCGAAGUCACGGUACAGCGCCGUGGACCUGUUUUUGGGUGGGCACAACAAGUUCUUCAACAGGACCUACAACGACGCAAACGUCCCCGUUAAUACGACCGUCUUGAAGAGGUUGUUGGAGAACGAUAUCGCACCGUUGGACUACGACUUGGCGAAACAUUUCGCCCACUUGUUCAUUAGAGACUCAGUGUCCAUCUUCGAGGAAAGUAUCAACCAGGAUAGAGAAACGUCCACGAACCAUUUCGAAAACUUACAGUCAACAAACUGGCAGACUCUAAGGUUCAAACCACCAACGCAAAAGGCUGUCCCCAGUAACAAAAAGGCCCCCGGUUGGAGAGUAGAGUUCAGACCACUGGAGGUACAGUUGACGGAUUUCGAGAACGCUGCUUUUGCGACGUUCCUAUACCUCGUUGUCGACGCAGUACUGACUUUCUCGGAUAAUCUCAACCCAUACCUGAUGAUGUCGAAAGUCUGGGAAAAUAUGCAUAUUGCACAUAACAGGGACUCAGUGAGAGGGGACAAAUUCCAUUGGAAGAAGAAAUUCAACACGGAAUCUCCAGACACGUCGCUCUGCAGUAUAGACGAAAUCUUCCACAGUGCAUCGAACGGUAUCUUUUCGAAUUUUAUCAACCCGAUCUUAAGUUAUAGAAAUCUGAUUGAUAAAGACUGGCAGGAACUGAAAACGUCAGUGACGCACAAGAGGCUGUACUACUACCUCGCACUAAUAUCCAAGAGAGCCAGCGGGGAGCUACCUUCAACCGCCCGAUACAUGAGACAUUUUAUCCUGAACCACUCCGAUUAUAAACAGGAUUCAAGAGUCUCCGAGUUGAUCAAUUACGAUUUGAUUCUCCUCGCAGAGAGAAUAACCAACCUCGAUAACUCCAACGACGAAAUCACAGGCUUCUUCGGUCAAGAAAUCUCAGAAUAUUUACUUCAAAACCGAUUAUAA